AUGGAUGCCGGCUCUGUCUUGGACAACCUCCUCGAGCGCCACCGCGGCUUUGUCACCGCACCAGAGCACACGACGCUGGCGAAAGUCCACCGGCGCCAUGGAUCGACGUCUUCAGCAGUGCCGCCGUCGAAGAUGGUGGAGGCUGUGGAGCGAGGAGUGAAUCCACUCAUGCUGGGGGUGCAGGCCCACAAGGCAGAGUCUGCGGCACGCGAGAAGGCGAAGGCAAGGAGGAAGGGGUCGGAGCUGGACGCAUCCCACAGGUCCCUAGAGCUGCCGGCGCGGUCAAGAACUGCGUCCUCGAGCCCCCGCAAGGCUUCUAAGCAAUCAAUAAAUUCGUCAACCUCUGCUGUAACGGUGCUCAAGACGCACACGCAACUCCCAGCGGUGCCGGCGGCUAGAGAGAUGCAGCGGGCACGCGAGGUGGCGAUUUCGGCAACUCUCACGUCGCGCUACCAAGAGCUGCGUGCCAAGCGGCAGCAGGAGGACGUGGAGCGCAAACACGGCCGCUCUGGCACCGCGUCCACACUGCACAGUGCCGCCACAGGCGCCGGCAGCGAAGGCGAAACGAGCGCACAGAAACGUGUGCGGACGGAAGAGAAACGACUGCCUCCGCGGGGGCUCCCCUUGCCGAUGACUACGUCCACCACGGUUUCUCGAACCCGGCGAGGUGUCUGGAGACGGCGGUGUACGACGCGGAAGAUUCUGCGGCUCGCGCGAGAGAUCUCACGGGCCUCAGCGUUGCGGCGCUACUGGUACACAGCACUCUCCGACGACAGGGCGGGGUCUGGUGAUUGCGGUAAUUUCGCGCCAGCCACGCACGCAGCGGAUGAUAGCGGAAGAGAUGAAAAUAAGGAAGGGGCUGCAACAGCUGCACCGGCGUCGAAAGCUACGCCAACGCCAACGCCGGAGCAACUCGGACGUUGCACCCCGCCGUUGUCGUUGUUUGCAUCGAACGACACCACAGAGAAGCGCUGCGCCCUCCGUCGUCUCCGCGCCGCUCGCCGCAGCGUCAACGACGCGCAUGACAGCCCCCAGAUGUCUAGAAAGCGGUGCGACGUGGUGGAAGGCGCGAAAGCUGCAGCUGCGACGCCUGAAACCGUCCAGCUGCCGGUAGCAACGGCACAAUCGGCUGCCCACCGCACUACACCCUCACGCACGAGUCGCCGCCAGCGCAAGGAGGCUAUUCGUUGCGUUCUCAGUUCCUCCGCAGCGAGCAUGUGGGCACUGGCAGCCCGCAUCGUCGCAGAGCGUCUUGGCACCGUCUCUCAGCUUCGCCUCGAGUGCAUGGCUACUACAGCGCCGGCAUCGGGGUUGGCGGCGCGCAGGAAAGGACCAGGUAUGCUGCCUCUCUCUCUCGCCCGCUUGUUCCCGCUGUUUGGCGCACUUGUGGAGGUGCAAGAGCUGGAGCUCACGACAGCGCCUGUGCGCUUGCGCAGCUCUCGAAAUACGCGUCGCGCCCGCUUCGCGUCAGCCGCCGGCGGCAAAAGUGUCCGUGGCGCCCCGGAGCUACGCGUUUUACAAGAACGCAGGGGUGUUGUGGUGGAGGAGUACAGCGAAACACUGGGUGUUCUAUUGCUGCCUCCCCAGUGCGGGGCCGAUAUGCAGGCUUGGACAGAUGAGGUUACAAGGGGGCUUGCACAAGGGCAAGACACGUUGGCAUGCGCGAGCAGGGGUGACGAAGCAGCACCGCUGCCACGCGUGAACUCGUCUCCCAGUAUUGUUCGAGUGCCCAAACACUUUCCCGGGGCCUCUGGCAGCUUUGCGGAGCUGCUGCAACGGCUAUUACUGCGCACUCCUACCACACCAGCCACUCCUCUUGCGGGCCUGCGUGUGCUGGUGGCCGUGUUCUGCGGGGAGGUGCACACGGCAGCUGAGGGCUGUGAUAUCGCUGCCCGUCACGUUCACCGUGACGAGGGGGGCCUACCGGUGCCUGCCGAAGGCAUGAGAGCCGAUGCGUACCCACUUCAUCGCCUGCUGCAUCGUUGCUUGUGA